AUUUAAAGUCUCAUUGUUCUGGGAGAGCUGGGGAAAGAGAGAGAGCUGACAAACAGAGGAGACAAACGGACGGACAGACAGAGAGACAGAGAGACGACAACAUGGAUGUGAGCUCAGCCAUGGAGAAGGUAGGACAGAAGGGUUUUAAAUAUUUCAUCUUUAGAUUUAUAGAUGAACAAAGUCAAGGGAAAGGUCAAGGGUCAGAGAGUCAGCCAACCUGAUGUCUAAUGAUGGAGAUCAGGGACGCUUAGUCCUGGACUAAUGAUCCUGAAUGAGUUUUCAAAAGGUGUCAGUGAGCCGAGCACUGACCUGUUUCAAUCCUUUAGAGAGUUUAAAUAUUUUAAAACAGGGUUCAUUUAGUUAGAGGAAGAUAUCUGUGAUUUAAAACCUCAUUACUGCUGUUUUCAAUCGACCUUAAAUGUUUCAAUUCAUCCAUUUAAAUUGCUAAUUUUAUUCUAUAGGGGCUAAUUUCAUUUGUAUUAUCUGUACUGUUAUCAUAAUAAACUGAUGAAGCCAUUUAACAUAAAUCAGACAUCAAUACAAAAACCCUAAAUCCAUAAAGUCAUAUUUAAAAGUACACUAUAGUACAUGUUUGUAUUAAUACUCCAGUCUGAAGAGCAGCUGGAUCUUUGAGGUGGAGUCUGUCGUCCCUCAAACUGAAGAGCUAAGGUUCGACUGCACGUCCCAUGGUGUGUGAGUUCAAUUAGUUCAUACUGAUUGGCCCUCAUAUGCUCUGCCAUCUCCUAAACCUCGUGUGUGUGUGUGUUUGAAAUCUUUCGCAUAUUUGCCUUUUGAGACAACAAACUUUUUUUAAUCUAUCCACAAAGGAAAAAUAUGCACAUGUUGUGGCUUUUUUCUAAACUAUUCCUAUUGUAAAGUCAAUCUUUGGUACGCAAUUAAACUCCAAAAUUAACACGUUUUUAUCUUGUGCUAUUUUGUCCCUUGUGGCACACUGUAGUUUUGCUGCUGCAGACUCUUCUUGCUUCCUACAGCCACUGUGGUGAAAAGUAACGGCACUGCUGAGCACUUGAACUGCACAUUUCAUUUUCAAAAAGCACAGAUGGUUUAGUUGACAAGUCAAAAGUGAGACGUACUUUGGGUGAAACAUCGACAAAGAGCUUUGAGUUUGAGCUGCCAACAACAAAUGAAGCAUGCAGGUGCAAGUGAGAGUGAGGAAGAGCACAGGUUUACUGCAGUACUCACUAAAUGAGUAGCAACUGUACAAACACAGUGUUACAGAAUAACCACUCUGAUAGUAAUCCUUCGACAGACCCAAUCACUGUGAAUUCCUCAAAUCUGGACAGACCAAAACUAGAAACAAUAAAGCUGCAGAUUUAUCAGGAUAAGGUUUGAGGAAAUUGACUUUCUCUUCCUGCCUGUCUGCAGAGGAUGUUUGAUAUUCGAGUCUCUGCUGUUUGAAAUCCAUAUAUUAUGACCAAACAGAGAGGAUUCAGAGGAAAUGAUGCAUGCACCUGCAGGACGUGAUGAUGCGGAUGAAACUGAAUCAUACGGUCUUUGUUGGAUGUUUUUAUUAUCAGUCAUUCUCAGAUAGGUUUGUUUUGAUGUGCUGAGAUUUGCUGACAUUAGAUUCACUCAGUCUGAACAGCUUUCUAGGCAAAACAAAAAGUUCUCCUGACAAAACUCCAAAAGAUCCUCAGACGGAGACAGGCUUAAAGUGAUUACAUGACUUCAUAAUAAUCCUCUUGACCCUGAAAGAGCUCCGCAGGAACAAUUGGAUUAUAUCUGCUGAAUGAACAGUCUUUCAUCUGGACGCAGAUGAAAGUUUUUAAAUGUUGGGGGAAAAUCUUUUGUUUUCACGUCUUGAGGAUGAUGUUCAACCAAACAGGGGAAGGAAACUGAGUUCGAAUUGAUUCAAAUUGAGAAGAAAAAUUAUAUUUAAGAUCUAAGAAACCAGGUGGUUGGAGGGCAAAAUAAUCUUCAAACUUGAAAUAGAUUUGUAGAAGUUUGUGUGCUCAGGAAAAACCUCAGCCGAUAGAUGCCAAACUGUCCUUUAAUACGAUGCUGGGAUGACACAAAUCAGUCAGUGAAGGUAAUCCUGGACCACGAGGACCUGGUCUCCCCGCUGGGUCUAUUAUAGCAGCAGAGAACAGUUUGUCUCCCAUAGAUCCCUUCCUGUGAUUCAUCCAAUCAGAGGUGGCAUCAGGCUGUGAUAGAUAACCUGAUGGAUCAGUGUCACCUGUUGAGGGUUUGAUCCCCACGUCUCCCUUUAUACUCCAAGGCUGGAAAUACUGUCAUCACGGGCUGGAAAUAACCCUCAUACACACACACACACACACACACACACACACACACAAUGGGCUUUAGUAUUACAGGGUGAUUAUGUAUCUCUGUAAACACAGAUGUAAACCUCUGAUUUUUCACACUCAUUAUAGACAAUCUGUUAAUUUCAUUUCCAUGUAAAUGCAUUAAAAACUCUGAAAAUUCUCUGUAUCAGUGUCUCAGAGCGUCAUCAACUUCAUAUUUUAUUUUCCCUGAAGUCCAAACAGCAAAAGAGAUUUUAUUUAUGUUAUAAAACAAAUGAGGAAAGCAAUCAAUCUGCAAAAACAAAAUGCUGAAACGGGAAAUGAGCCAUCCUCUGAAGGGGUAAAUGCAGUUAUUUCCUGAUCAUAAUGUCACAUUACAAUCAAUAAAAUUCUCAUUCUCCUGACAAGCUCAGGUGUUUACCGAAUUUUAUGAUGUUAGAAGCUAAAAAUUAGGACUUAAAGCUCCCGUGAAGAACUUGUGGUUUCUGUGAACUUUGGCGCCCCCUGUGGACAAAGCAGUCUUUGUUUAUCAUGAUAUUUGCAUGCCCAAGUAGUGUCUGUUGACUAAAAAAAUUAUUUAGCCUUGAUUUAACCAGGUAAGUCCCAUUGAGAUCUAAGAUCUCUUUUUCAAGGGAGACCUGGCCAAGAGGGCAGCAGCAAAGUUACAUUAAAUUAAGAAAAAAAAAACAUAAAACAUAAAAAAAAGAACAUACAUUUUUCUUCCCCUGCUUGUGAUGUUGACAUGUAGUUACUGUAAGACUGGUUUGUGUUCAAGUCCUCUUUUUUUCUGUACAACUCCUUUUUUAAAAGUUAUUAGGGGGUUCAUGUUUUCUAUGACUGACACUUGAUACAGCCUAUGGGCGUACAAAGAUUGCAUAGCUCACCCGGGGGAUACGCUGUUUGAGACGAGCAUCAUCACAGCAGCUCUUGGCGACUCUCCUGCCAAAUGCGUACAACGCUACUGUGCGAUGUUGAUUCAGGAAAUGGAGAAAAAUUGCGGAUAUACCGAGAGCUUUUCAGCUUCAAAUCCGUAUACUGGCAGAAGGCAAAACCAAGUGGUCCAUAGUAUAUACAGUCUAUGGAAUAAACAAGGCUAAUUCUGCAGCUGCAGGGCUGACACCUACUGUAUCGUCCCAGAGUCAGAUAUCAAAAAUGACUGUACUGAAACUGUCAAUCUUGUCCCUGGCUUUUCAUUUUUUUACUUAUUGAUAUGAGAAGGCAUCAGCGUAAUUUUCCCUCUAUUCUAUUAUCAUUAAAAAACUCCUCAUCAUAUCUUUAAUUAAAUUUUAUGAGUAAAAAUGUUUGCCGACAGCUAAAAACUUGUCAGGGUAACUAUUGCAUCUUGAUUCGAAAAGCUAAAAUAAGCCAGUGUAAGGUGCAUAAAUGUGCAGUUCUUCAAGUGUCCACUAGAGGCAGUCCAAAAUCCAUCAUGUUAACAUCCUGAAUACCUUAUUUCUCUUGAUGUGCAUAUAGUAUAUAAAGGGAAUAGGUGUUUUGCAGACAUAAAGACUCAGCGUUAUGCGAGAUUUUCUAUUUUUUUUUUACCUGUAUCUCUUUUAUUUACACCGGGCUAAAUGCAGGUUCAUUGUCUGAUUUUUCUUGUACCUCAAGAAAAACAGGAAAUAUCCAGGAUGCCAUGUGACAAAGUUUUGAGCACAGGACAUUAAACUCCAUCAGACUGACUCUUCGCCUGUUUGACCUGCAGCUCCUUAUCUCACUGCGUUUCCUGCAGUUUCCCCUUCACAUAGCCGGCGUGUUUAGAAUUACUCAGCGAGGCUCAGCGAAGUCUGAUCCAACUACAACAUACUCGCCUUAUCGGGGCACUAAAUAUAGUGCUGCCACGCUUUCACCCUUUCUGAAGAAAUGCAUUUCACAUUUGGCUCACAUUCAUCAUUUGGCAAUAGCUCUUAUUUGGGGCAGCUAGUAAUAGUUUUCAGGGUUGGCAGUUAAGAUUACUCCAUCAGAUCAGCUUGAGGCUGUGUGGGAAUAACGACAGAGAGAGGACUUUAUAAAUACUGGACUAAAAAGCUUUCGUUAUAGAGUAAGAAGACUUAGAUCAGCUUACACAUGAUUAAAAAAAGGAUAUUGGUGACUUUAGAAUACAAGCAAAGAUAGUUUUCAUAUUCACUGAUUUCAAACAAAAAUGUUAAUCAGACUUCUGCCGUCAAACAAAAACAAAAGAGGUUUUAAUCUUAAAAUUGCGUGCCUCUAUCUGCGGUCAUUCCCUCUUGUUUGCCAUGUUUUUGCUUGUAAUCCAUAAAAGGCAAAAACGCCCCAAACACUCAGUCAUUACUUGCAUCAUGUCAGCUUUGUCAUGGCUGGUUUCAGGCUGAGUAAUGGGUUUGUUUCUUAAUUACACAAACUUUUCUGUCAUGUCUGGAUUUUCUGUGACUCAUGUGCUCCUCCUUUCACCGUUACAGUCACUACAGACUUUGAGUCACUGAAACUUUCACCUAAAUUAUCUCUACACCUGCACUCAGGAGGACUUUAUCCUGUACAGUCUGUUGUUUUCAUUGCUUGUGUUUCUUGCUAAACAAACAGGAUUAACUAUCACAAAGGCAGAGCGAGCGACAGACAGUAUCAGGGAUUAUCAGAAGAGAGAGAGAAGCAAUAAUUAUCUACUACAGAUGACAGAUGAGUGUGUUUAGGGGUGUGAACAGAUAGAUGGAGUGUGUGUAGGUGUGUGACCGUCAGAGACUGUUGAUGAGCUCGUGUUGAAAAGGUCACAGCGAUGACGGCUGAACAAGAGCAGCUGGAGGAGGACAAGACUUCAUUACACCCCUCAGGAAUACACGGACAGAGAGUCAGAGUGUGUGUUCAUUAUUGUGUCACCAGCGCUGGUGUUUUAUGUCUUUGUUCAGUCAGGGGUGUGUCUGCAGCUGCCAAGAGGCUGGUAAAAUUUGGAGCAGUGCUUAUAGGAAUAGAAAUAACAAGUAAAUUACAAAUAUACAGAAUAUGAAUUUGUUUUUCCUUCUUUUUUUAUUUGUCAUGUAAAUAGAUAAUUGAACGUUAAAAAUUAGACAAUUUGCUGUUUUGCAGUCAGAACAUGUAAUUUUUCUCUUCUUAAGUUAACAAAGAUAAGUCAACAUAAUGACAAACCUCUGCUGUAAUAAAAACGUCACAUUCCUCACCAUUCCAGCCCAUCAGAUCAGUAAGUCACUUUAAAGCUCCUGUGAGGAAGUUUCUGUUUAUGUUAAAUCUGGCGCCCCCUUUGGACAACAUGAUAAUCUUUUUAUUGUUGUGUAUUUAGUCUUGUCUAUGUUAAAGUGAUGUAAAUUGACAAAAAUCUGCUCCAGCUGUCCGUUGACAGUGAAAUGUAUGAAAACCCACGUGUAAAGUAGCAAAGGCUGUUUCUUAAGCAUCAAAAAUUCUUUAUAGGAGCUUUAACCCACACUGGAUUUGGUCUGCUAUGUUGCACUCUGUUUUUACUUGUGCUUCUACAUUUUGCACUUUGAUCUUCAGCACCUUCCUGCACAUUUGUGCCACUCUUCUUUGCAAAUGUUGCAUACACUUUUUUUUUUGUGUCUGCUUUUAUAUUCUUCGAUUGUUCCUAGUUGCAUCUUUUUCUAUUCAGAGUUUCUUGACCGCUCCAGUAAGGCUGUGAAAAGGCUUUUAACUUACAUAUAAUUCAAUUUUAGUGUAAUUGUAUUUUUAUGGCUAGUGUUAGUCCAUUUUAAUUCUCUUUGCACCAAAACUAAGAACUCUAUAUAUGUAACCCUACCUGCCAGUUUACACAUGCAUCAGUUAUGAUAUUUCGUAAUCUUCUCUCUUGUUCCAAUAUAAGGAUGCCCUCAUGCACAAAAAAGGUCUGUGGAUUAAUGGGUUUUUCUCUGCAGCUCUUUAUUGUUGAAGAGCUCCUGCAUCUUUUUUUAUCUUACGUGCAUGUCGGUCUCUGGGGCAUGUUAAUACCAGGUGACACAUGGACAGGUGGACGGUCUGUCAGCGGGUCGGUUUUGCAGAACAGUGGUCGGGUUUCCUGCCAAAGGCUUUAGAAACUGUCAGUUGAUUCUGAAUGAUGAUUAGCCGGCGAAUAAACUUAGCUCAAGAUUAGUUUGUGCCAAAACAGAAUCAAACCAGUUCAGUAUCGGUUUUUAACAGAAUUGCCUCAUUUGUGCUGCUUUUAUUUUGCUGGUUUGAUAACAACAAAAAAAUGACGAUUUCUGAGGAGUUCAAAGACUGUAAUGAUAAUGCAAAGAGGGUUGUGGUCAUGUUUGUGUCUUUUUCUGGGGAAAAAUGUCGAAGUUAUGAGGCAAAGUGAGGACAGGAAGAGAAAAUGAGAAGAGGAGUGAGAUGAGAAAACAGAGCUGGAGAGGCAGAGGAUGAAUUAUGGAGAGCUGGACAGAUAAGGCUGUUUGUUAGUGCUGCGAUCAUGAUGUCACUGGGUGGAUCGAUGAGAUCAUCUACAGCCAACAUAUGUGUGUUUGUGUGUGUGUGCGUGUUUUUCCAUCUCUUCCUCCCACACUGACUGAGAAAAUUUAAAACAACAUCUUCUUAUUCUCAUCCAACACUUCCUCACAUGUCAGAGGAGUCUGCGUCACUUCAGGCUGUGGGACAGAUAUUUAAACUAAACUGAACUUGUUUGAGUUGAAAUCAGGUUCUGAGGCCAAAGUUUAUGACUGAACUUUAGAAAAGUUGGUCUUUUUAGACAGACACAGAAAAAUCAGUCUUUAGCUUAUGGAUGUGCUCAAUGUCUUUGUCAAGUUCAUCAAGUGUAUUGACCAAAAGCAUCACCCUUGUCCUCAAACAGCUGGUCUCCAUAGUUUUUAAAGAAACAUCAGUCAAAUAGAAGAAAAUAGUGCAUUUGCUCUGGACUAUUUUCAGCCUUAAUAAUACACAUUUGGUGCUUUAUGCGGUCCCAGCAGCAGGAUGGAGAGUGUGUGACUGAGUUUACAUAAACUAUAAAGUGUACGUUUCCUUGGAAAUGAAAAAACAUGGUAGAUAGUGCAACAGUAUGACUCAUACAUGUGUUUUAAAAAGUUUUUUGUCAUGAAACAAAGGCGUGGGAUUCACAAAUACAAUAUCACAGGAAAUGUACGUUAUUAAAACAGUGUUUGGGCAUGUUUUUGUGUUUCUCAGGCUUUUGUCAAGUUGUUGUGACCCCUGAUUUUCUCUCUCUCUGUAUUAAUAAGACAUGAAUAAACGGUUUGAUCAUGUUUAAUUUUUGUGCUUUUUCUUCUGUCUCCUCUCAGAUGUCAGUGAAGCAGACUGCAGGAGGAUCAGCUGCGUGUCUAGUCUGUAAGCAAAGGUGUUCUGGACUUCAGCCACAUUCUUGGAGGUACAGCCUGUCUGUGUUUUUCUGUUGUUUCUGCCGUUUCUGUGCCAACAAAACCAAAAACUGAAAGAAAAACUGUAAGGAUGAUAAAACGAGAAAAAGAUAGAUGGCGAUACAGACCUUGUGGUUUCUCCUCUGUUCUCUUUCCUGUUUGUAAAAAACACAGUAAGAUUAUUGUUUUUUUUCCUGCUCUGAGAUUAAAAAAAUCAAGCUAAAAAUUUAGCAUCGAGUUCAACAGGGGCGUGUCCAGAUCAGCGGUCAAGGGUGGCCAGCCCAUAUAAUCACAAUGGCCACCCUGGUGCCACUCAAAACUCCUCGAGCCUUGUCAGGAGGUCUCAGCUCGUGUGUUAAAGCUUCUUGUCGAUGAAAAUGGCUACUCUCCAGAUUUGAGUUUCUGCAGUGAAUCACGGUCUCUGUCCUCUCGUCCUUCUUGCAGAAAAGCCUGUAUGGCCUGCGGCUGCAGCACGGUUGACCACGCUUCGGGGGGGAAUGAUGUUGAAGAUGACCAGCGAAUGGGCCGCCUGCUUGCAGACUCACCGUGCGCCCAUCUGACUGCGAAGAUCAAAGGGGGAGGCGGCCUUCGCAUGUAUAAGAGGAACCGCAUGAUCGUGACCAAUCCGGUGGUGUCACGUAAAGACCCGACCUUCAACACCACGACGUACGACUGGGCGCCGGCCGGCCUCAACCAGACACUGGUGAGGAUCAGUGUGAAGUUCAGGAGGUUGGUUUUGUAGGAAGCUGCUCUCAUGUGGCCUUGAUAAAAAAAAACCUCUUUUUUUAUAACAAGAGGUGGAUCAAGAUGACUCUGCAUGAUGGAGCACCACUGAAAACGUGAAAGCUGUCAUAUACGUGGUGUUAAAACUCACUACACCCAAAAACCAAAUCAUGAUCAAUAAUUCAAGUUUGUGAUCACUGGAGGAACAAUUUCACUUUAGAUCAGAGAGAAGCUUCUUGUGUCGCCCAAAAUCAACCUCAUAGUCUGUGGAUGAAGCCUGUGGAGGUCAGGGCUCAAGGGUCAGGGCUGAUUUAUUCAGGGCUUCAGUCAGGAGUUAUUAUUCUAAAAGUGAUUUUGUUUCCUGUUUACAGUUUAUUUACAGUCUAACUAGCAACUUAAAGAGAAAGAGCAGAUAUGUUACAUGUAAUGUCCAUUAAAGCUCCUGUCAGGAACUUUCAGUUUGUGUUGAUUUUGGCAGCUCCUGUGGACAAAACAGUUUUAACUUAUCUUGUCCUCUGGAUACUUAAACAUAAUCUUCAAACAUAAACAUCUCACCUUGCUGGUGUUGGACAGUCCAACGGUUCAUUUAUUGAUAGUGAUGUGCAGAAAUCCUGCAAACAUCCAUAUCAGACAUUAAACGACAUAAAAACGGUCAGUCUUGUAGCCGAUGAUCUCGACUGCUUUUGUUUACAUGAAAAAAUAGACAUUUACUUAAACUUGAUUAGGUUCUCAUCCCAAAGAUGGGCUUGUGUUGGUUCCAUUUCUGCAGCGCUCUCCUUCUGUGUCAGUCUCGACCGUCUGGUUUCCAUUAAAAACAGACUGGAGUAUGUUUCAGGUUUCAGAGCCUGUAAUUAUGAAGAUGACAGUGAUUAUUGAGCUGCAGCUCAGCAGGAGAGAGGAGGGGGACGUUACUGUGGUUGAACUUGUAGAGACAGAGAGAGAUCAGACUCUGGGCUGUGCAAAAUUCAGCUGUGACAUGAACAUGGUGAAGACUCUGAUACUGCAGCUCCAGACUGUUAGUCACUAUUUCACUGCAGUGAUUUCAUACAGAGGUGUCACUGGAACACCUGGACAUGUGAUGAUGUCAAGAAGGGCACAGACUCUGGAUGCUGUCAUGCAUGUCUCUUGUUAGCAAACUGAAUAAUAUGUCCCCUGACUUUUAUACCUCAGGGAGCGUGUUUAACAGGCUGUGAGGGAUGUCUGUGGAAAGACGAGAACAUUAAGUGAAUCCAGAUGAUAAGUAACAGUAACAGAGAUAACAGUAAAAGUAUUAUAAACUAUUUGGGAUGUUUUUAUAUCUGCAUAUAUCUUUCAUUCAGAACUGUAGAGUUAUUCGUCUCAGGGAUGGUAGUAUAAAUGCCAACAGGUUAUAAAAGUCACUGCACAUACAUGAAUACCUCAGCUCUGAGAUUUGUGUUUUUAGAUCAUAAAGUUGGAGCGGCUGAAUCUCUGAGCUCUUUACUAGAUUUGAGAUUUCAGAUUCAGUAAAGGCCUUAAGUUCUUAUGGUCUGUACAUGAGGUCACAGGCAACCAAAGUUGAUCAUCACUUUACUUUAGAGGGGCAAAUUUCAUCGACUCCUAUCAGGCGGCUCAUUUUUUUAAUUCACAUUUUACAAAGAUUGGUACAACAUCAACCACUUAAGAUAAUAUAAGUGCCGUGGGACCUAGCGUAACCUGCUCAGGUGCUAUCUGAAAACUCCCAUAAUGCAUCACUCAAUAAACAACAACCUCCUCUGAGAAGUUUCUGUGAAAAUAAAAGUAAAAGGCCUCCGGUCCUCCUCCAGGCGAUGCAGUACAUGGAGCUCAUCCCCGAGAAACAACGUCCAGUCUCAGGGACGGAUGGAGCAAAGGAGCGACGUAGGCACCUCUUGAGUCAGCUCCCCAUCUACGACCAGGACCCCAUGAAGUGUCAGAGCCUGGCCAGUGAGGAGGAGGUAUGUAGACUUGGGCUGAACUCUGACACGAGCUAAAUGCAUUUUCUUUUUCCUAAAUGUUUGUGAUUUUACCUCCCAGAUCUCCUCCAUGCUGCUGUUUGUGAAGCACUACAAACAGGAGGUGCUUGGAGUCGGAGAGGUGGCCUUACCUGGCGAGGGCGGAGCUCUGAGGGAUGCAGCCAUUCAGAGGACGGCGAAGGAGGCUAAAGACCGCAGCAACAGCGACAGGAAGGAUUCUCUGGAGCACAACUCGACCAAUGACAGCACUGUCCCUGCUGCUGGUCCCACUAAUGGGACUGCCGGCAGCGCCAAGACUGACUUCGUAAGUACAUGAGGCGUCUGACAAACAUGUACUUAUAUAUCAGUUAUGUAGCAGGUUAAAUAUAUGCUUUUGGGAUGUUCUUGUGCUCUAACAACAACAUUGAGCCCCUGUAUGUCUGCAGUGUCCUCCUCUCUGCAGAUUGUGUGCCUCUCUGUAAAGUUUCUGACCCACUCAGUUAAAACUUUGGGCUCUUAAACACAAAGUUAAGGCCCAUUUCUUUGGUACAUAAACUUCUCACUCUCCCAUGAUCUGCCCUCUCUUCCUCUGUGCUCUGUAGAGUUGUACUGGUUGCCAUGGCGAGGUUGCCAAGGAAAGUCCAGCUGUUUAUGCCGAGCGUGCCGGUUACCACAGCGCCCUUUGGCAUCCCACCUGCUUCAAGUGUUCAGAGUGUGGCCAGGGAUUGGUGGACCUGGUCUACUUCUGGUCCAAUGAGAAGCUGCUCUGUGGACGGCACUACUGUCAGACGGUGUGGCCUCGGUGCUCGGGCUGUGACGAGGUGAGACAACGACACGAUAGACCGUGGUUAGGUUUAGAUGGAGCAUUCUUGUAAUGUGAUUAUUGAUUAUUGGAGUAAUAUUAAAUCCUCUUGUCUCUCUUUUUCUUCUUAUUCCUUUAGCUGAUCUUCUGCAAACCGUUUCACACCUCAAAGGACGGGAAAACGUGGCAUCCUCAACAUUACUGCUGCUGGAGGUGCGGGCAAAACCUGGACACACCCUGUCAGCACUGAGACGCACACACACACACACACACACAAUACUAUUUUAUCACAGAUUGGUGUUCAGAUUUAAGAGGUUGUGACUCAUAGACAGAAGAACAGGGUGCUACAGAGACAGAGGAUCAGGAUAAAAACAUUAAACUGUAAGAAAUCAUGAAAAAGAUCUUAUUACAGGAAAUCUGAAAUCAACAGACGCUGAUUAGAUGGUUUGAUUUUAAACAAACGAACAAAGUACCAGAUAAAUUAUAGGAAUAAGUAGAGCUUUGAGUGUUUGGCCGACGUUUGGUAUUUGAAUUAAUCUCCAGAUGAUGUAUUUAUGUUUAAAAUACUUAGAGCGACACUGAGGUACUUAAAUACUUCUUCAGCUGAUUAUAGUUUGAAGUACUUUGGGAAACGUUUGACGCAGAAGUGUUUAAAGUACUUCAGGACAUUUAGAAUUUUUAGCACUUAAAGUUCUGACAGUGAUUGGAGCCAGAGGAUCUGGUUUCAGUCUGAGUUUAAGAUCCAAGAGUACGUGACAGAGUGUGAACAUACGAGUCAGCUGACACACAAGAAAGUCAUGGAUAUGUGAGAGUAAUUACAGAAGAUGGAAAUUAAUGUGGACAAAUAUGAAAUUUCAGAACCAUAAUAGGCUCCAGAGCUUUUAAUCAUUGACUAAGUGAGCUGUUAAUUGGUUUUUAUUCUCAUUUUAACCAUAAAAAAUUAUGAGAUAUUUUUACUCUCAGCACCAACAGAAAAAGUUUCUCCUUCUCUUUUGUCCUGCAAAUGUCACUAAAAGUUUGAUUGUUUUAUAAAUACUACCCUGUUUAGUCAUAGCCAAAUGUGCAUCUAGGAGGGUGGCCAGGGGUGCCUUGGCCCUCUUCUUAAAAUCUGAUUAGUCACCCUGAAAUCAGCCCAAAUACUAAACUGUGAUUAAAGCUUCAGUGAGGAGUUUUUAGUCAAUAAUGAAACAGACCAGAUUAAUUUUAUAGCAUUUUUUGAUGUUUAUAAAUGUUACAGGGUAAGAUGCAGAGACAGCUUUUGUUUUCUUUUUCCUCAGUGAUUAAUAACAGUUAGCAACAUACAUUAUUUGACACAACUUUUGGCUGUAGAGGACGUUAUAAAAUAGAUCGGACAUAAUCACUUUGUCCACAGAGUUAUCUUGAAG